GACACGGCCCGGCCCGGCGACAUGGCGGCGCCCGGCAGGUGCUGCCUGCGGAGACUUCUGGCUCAGUUUCCCAGCUAUAUUUUUCCCAAGAUUGAUCAACGGACCUCAGUAGUUCCCUGCCUUGGAAACAUACCGCUAUCCAUUAGACCCUAUGCUGCUGCUAAAACUGCAAAAAAAGGUUCAAAGGAUACCAAGCAGAAAACUUCAGAUGCAGAGCCAGCAAAAAAAAAGAACACUUACAGACGAAAGUUAGCAAGCAAGCCAGUGGAUGAUGUGUAUUUAACAUGGUUGUAUGAAAGGCCAGUCUAUGAGGCCGAGGUGGCUGUGGACAUGCUGAAGAAGUUUCAGCAAUUGGACUUCACUUACCCAAAACAACAUGUAUAUGCUAACAUCACUCUGGAUAUGAUGCUAGAGAAGAAGAAAAAAGUGGAUCAGUUUGUUGGCACCAUUCUUCUACCAUAUCCUUUUGUAACUGAAAUCAAUAAAGUUAUGGUAUUCACAGAGAAAGCAGAAGAAAUUAAAAUAGCAAAAGAAAAUGGAGCUGCUUUUGCAGGAGGGACUGAAUUAAUCGAAAAGAUUUUGGAUGAUGAAAUCAAUGCAGAUUUUUACAUAGCCGUUCCUGAAAUAAUAGCAAAGCUGCUACCUUUAAAAAACAAACUAAGAAAAAAAUUUCCGAAGACUAACAGAAAUUCUCUGGGCCGUGACAUUCCAAAAAUGCUGGAACUCUUUAAAGCGGGCCAUGAGUAUGUGGUAGAAGAGGAGAAUCUUAUCGAGACAAGAAUAGCAACGCUGGAUAUGCCUAAUGAACAGAUAGUUGCCAAUCUGGAUGCAAUUAUUAAGGAUGUCUGUACGUACAAGCCAUUGAGCUAUGGCCCAUUUGUGCAACGCUUGAUUAUUCGAAGUUCAACGAGUGAAGGUUUAAAACUAAAUCUCAAGCGUUUUCUCCCUCAAGUAGAGGAAGUGGACAAAGAAGAUGUUAAAGAAACAGAAGCUCCAAGAUAGCCUAUCAGUGUAUUAUACUGCAAAUUCUCUUAGCAUUUUAUGUUCAAGAAUCUCCAGGA